GCCAAACCUCAUUCCAGCUUUGCACCACCCACACACAGCUGAUGGAGGGAGUCUCACCUCUGCUCUACAUCACCAGCUGCUCGUGACUCGUUCACUGCUCUGCUCAACACGCUCUGGGCUGGAAGGAUGGAGCUUUUCCUCCUUCACUACCCCUUUACCUGUCUGCUCAUUGCCUUUCUAGUCCUUUACCACGUGAAACCUGCAUUCAGAUUCUUCUGCAAGAUGACCUUCUAUAAGUUAUGGCUCUUCACCAUAAGUAUUGGGGUUGCCAUCCUCAGUAUUCCUCGUGGACGUAAUGUGGACAACAUGAUGUUUUUGCGCAUAUUGACUGUGCCACUCAAAUACAUCUUUGGCAUUCAGAUAGUGGUGAAGGGCAAGGAGAACCUCAGGACUAAGAAACCUUUUGUCCUGGUGCUGAAUCACCAGACCUCCCUUGACAUCAUGGUGAUGAUGGAGAUAUUGCCAAGGCGCUGUGUGCCCAUUGCAAAGAAGGAGAUCCUGUACAUGGGCACAUUUGGCCUGGCCUGCUGGCUCGCAGGGGUCAUCUUUAUCGACCGCAAGAGGAGAGAAGAGUCCAUUGGCACCCUGACAGAGGUGGCGCACUCCCUGCACAGGGACAAUGUGAGUGGGAAGGAGUCCAAUGAGGAGCCGCUGGAAAACAGAAAUCUGAAUUUGCGUGUCUUGAUCUUCCCUGAAGGAACUCGCAACCAUGGUGGGUCCAUGUUGCCCUUCAAACGUGGGGCUUUCCAGCUGGCUGUGAAAGCCCAGGUCCCCAUUAUUCCUGCAGUGUUGUCGUCCUACAACAACUUCUACAACCAGAAGGAGAAGAAAUUUACACCAGGAAAGAUGACCAUCCAGAUCCUGCCAGAAGUGGAGACGCUGGGCCUGGGCCCGGACGAUGUUCCCAAGCUGACGGAGCAGGUCCGUGACUCCAUGCUCUCUGCCUACCAGGGGAUAUCGGGAAUGACAAAUGGAGCUUCCCAUUAGCGAUCCAAUCUUCCAGCUCCAUCUGUGUCUGCCACAGUGCAGGGGAGGCCAUGACAACCACAGGAAGGUCUGGCAGCAGAGACGACUGUGGAUUGUGACACUGACAAACCAGAGACAGGCAAAACAUCCACCAAGAAGAGAAGCUUCCAAUGGGAAUGUUCUUGUGUUCCUCCUAGAGAACUGUGCCACCCAGCGAGAGAGACACGCAAUGGACAGCUGGACAUUUCUGUGUAAUCAUAUUGCUGAGAAUGUCCCACCAGCUGGACCCCAGAGCUGACCCCUUCCUGUGAUCAUUGCUGCCUGCUUAUAACCACCUUUCCCUGUUCAGAUCCACCAAGGUGGAGGUAUUGAUCCCAAGCCUGUGACCAUGCUGCCCGGGAAGUGGCUGUCUUGGAGUUUGAGGGUUGCCCACAUUUCCCUGUAAUACACUCAGGAGAAGGUGCUGUUUUCUUCCUCUUCUAUGGAGGAUUUGGGAGGUACCUCUGCCAUGAGAGACAGAACCAAGGCAGCUUUGGGAGAGGGGAAUUAAAGACCUUACAGGUGUCUACA